CCCACACACUGCCACACACGGACAAGUUAGUUUCAAGCUCACUUCAAGUCAUAAAAUACGGAAAGCGAAAGAGUCACAAAACUGGUGGGCAUGCAAGACAUCAUUUUUUAAAGAUAUAUCGUGAAAAAACAAAGCCAUUGUUCGCUCACUUUAGAAAAUGGUAUGUUACUGAAAGACGAACUUCCGUGUGAAAUCUGGAAAACUAGAAAUGUCGUAUAUAAAGUCAGCCAAGAAAAAAUCGUACAUCUGCAGACGGACUCGAAUUGUUGUUACUGCCAAAUAAGUCCUUCGCGACGGAACUGGAUGAGCUCAGAAUGGCUUCGUCUACGAGAAGAUCCUGGAAACUCCAGGAUUUUGUCGCACACACUUCCAAUGUCAACUGUCUCGCAUUGGGUCACAAAUCGGGACGUGUUUUGGUCACUGGUGGCGAUGACAAAAAAGUUAAUUUGUGGGCUGUUGGAAAACAAAACUGUAUUAUGAGCCUAAGUGGGCACACUACUCCAAUAGAAUGUGUGAGAUUCGGUCAAACCGAAGACCUCGUAUGCGCUGGUUCGCAAACCGGAGCACUGAAAAUUUGGGACUUGGAGCAUGCCAAACUAGCUCGUACAUUAACUGGCCACAAAUCAGGAAUCCGCUGCAUGGAUUUCCAUCCUUACGGAGAAUUGCUGACGUCUGGAAGUUCAGAUACUGCUAUUAAAUUGUGGGACAUUAGAAGAAAAGGUUGUAUAUUCACAUAUAAAGGACACAACCGAACUGUGAACAGUUUAAAAUUUAGUCCAGACGGGCAAUGGAUUGCCAGCGCUGGAGAAGAAGGAAUGGUGAAGUUAUGGGACUUAAGGGUAGGUAGACAAUUAAGAGAGUUUUCUGAGCACAAGGGACCAGCAACGACUGUAGAGUUUCACCCUCAUGAAUUUCUAUUGGCAAGUGGAAGUGCUGACAGAACUGUUCAUUUUUGGGACUUAGAGUCGUUUCAGCUUGUUUCUUCGACUGAACAAGGCAAUUCUUCUCCUAUUAGGUGUCUCUAUUUCAGUCAAGGAGGGGAAUGUCUUUUUGCUGGUAGUCAAGACGUCCUGAAAGUUUAUGGAUGGGAACCAGCCAGGACUUUGGAUACAAUUCCGACAGGUUGGGGUAAAGUGCAAGAUAUAGCAGUCGCUCAAAAUCAGUUGAUCGGAGCAAGUUGUCACAUGUCAAAUGUUGUUCUCUACGUAUGCGAUUUAAAGAAAACAGCACCGCUUGGAGACAUGUCCAGUGGUUUAUCUUUUAGCCAUGGAAACUCUUUAAGAAAAAGUUUUUCUAGGGAAAGACCUCCGGAUCUGAAAAAGCACACACUAGAUGUGAAGACCAUUGAAGAAGUAGCAGACAAGUCAGGAACUGAUCCUGAAGACGAGGUAACGCUAGCGGAAAUACCAAACGUUUCUGAUUACCAAGACAUCUUCCAGCCGAAUCGUUCACUGUGUCGCACACCACCUCCUCCAGAUACCGAGGCUUUCCUGGAGCCUCAAGCAUUAGAUCCGACACAACCUCAAAUCCUUCGAAAUUUGUCGAGCUCAAUGUUAGACUUAGACAAGGAUGAAGCAGAGGAAGAAAGCAAAUCUCCAUCAUCCUUACCCCCACCUCCAAUCCUUUCGUUGUCAAAACCUGUCCCGGUACGUGCUCAUCCCAUCAAAUCAUCUCCUCCUUUGCAUAGAAAUGUGAUAACUUCCACGAGUCAAAUUAAAGCUAAUCUUCAGGCAAGUAGCAUGUCUGCUAGUAGAAACUCUAAAAAUUUUACUCCUAUCCCACCUUUGCGGCAGAGUAUCACCCCAGUUCCUGGAAAAAAGAAUAUUCCUAGUAUCGGAAGUUCAGUGCAUUCGCAUGUUGCACCCCAACCCCUCGGUCCGCAGAGAUCGAAUUCUACACUCACGCCGAGAGUAGCGCCAAUGGCGGCUGUGGCGCCUGUGAUGGACGAUGGCAAAUUGAAAAACCGUGCCCCUAGUCCGGACUCUCCAAAACAGUACCUGAAGAGGCAAAGCAGCUGUAAGGAGGGAGAGCAGGGCUACGAGAGUGAUUAUCCUGUACAGAUUAACAACAUAAGGCAUAGCCCUUCGGAUCCUGCGUUAAAUAGGCCGAGUACAGCGCAGUCUCGAUCAACGUCAUUAGGUCGAAAUUUUGUCAACUCGACGCCUUUGUCAGCUCGAAACAUUUCAAUUUCGAAGAAAACGAAUAAAGCACAGAUCGCCCCAAACCCGAAGACAGAUUCGCGAAUCGCUCAAUUAAGGCCAACCAUUAAUAAUACGGAGAAGGAAGAAUUCGUACCCAUGACAGCAGACAGGCCGUAUGGCCUAGAUAUGGAUACAUUUUUGCCGAGCAAUUAUAAGGCAACAACGGCGUUAGUGUAUACGCAAGUUGGAGUACUUGCCGAAAUGUCCGAAGCAGAAGUACUUAGUAGCAUGAUGCGAGGACACGAAUCUAUGAUGGCUGUUUUAACGAGUCGACAUCGGUCGCUUCAAAUAAUUUAUUCGCUUUGGCACAACAAAGAUCUCAAGGCGUUGAUCAAUAUGAAGGGAGGUAAAAUUGCAGUGUUAGGCAGCAUGAUAAAUAGAAAGGGUGGAAUGCUAGAUGGCCUCUAUGAUACAGACGGGAUACUGCAUAGACGCGUUGAGAGACUUUUUAGGGAUAAUUGGUACGUGACCGUCGGAUGUUCCGCUUUGAGGCUGAUUCUUCGAAAUUUCGCACCGGUUAUUAAAUCAAAUGUGGAAGCACCUUUGCAUAGCAUUGGUGUGGAUGUGUCCCGCGAAGAGCGAUAUCACAAGUGUCAUUCCUGUUUCGAGCAGCUCAUGACAAUAAGAAGUGUUUUACUGAAAAAGCAGGCAUUGCCAGGGAAGUUGGGGGCCUCAUUUCGCGAGUUAGACGAGCUGAUGAAAAGCCUCGAAUGACCAAAGUGACGGAUCGUGCGACCAUGUUCCACUAAAUUAAGCCGCCAAAUCGCCCGUGCUGCCCCGAGAAAUCUAAGAACCCGGAGAAAAAUAAGUCUGCCAAGAGAUAACGAAGUAACAAAGUUAAGUUCUUGGUUUCCAGUGUGACUGGGAAGCAUUGACUUGUCGCUUCGUCGUUGAAUGCCAUAAAAUAUACGUGCGUCGGCGCUCGCUACAAAGAACAAUCUUCGAGAAAAGAUUCGACUGUCAAAAAAGCGACGAUACGACAAGCGCACGCUAAAAGAGAGAAAGGUCGUCGUCAUCUCUUCCUGAAACUUCAGAAUACUUUGCUCUAGAAUCGCAUCCAAAGCAGUGCAAAGUUUAACGGUCUUGCCAAUUUUUGUUAAAAGGAGAGCAUUCGCACUCCUGAUAAUCCUAUAAUCUCGAUAGUAAUGAAAAAGCGAUAAUAACGAGUAAUAACUAACUUACAGUAACUUUUUUUAUCUUAACAAAUUCUAUUUUUUCGAUUUCAAUCAAGGGCGACCAUAGAAUAAUGCUCGCUCGAUAAUACUUUUACAAAAAUCUUGGCAGAAAGACAAUCUCAAUAAGGAAAAAAGAUACGUUUCACUUUUCCUCAAGUGUAAUUCAUUUUAUGUCAAUUUAGAGAGUUUAAUCGAAGGCGUGAAAUAGUCGUACUGCAAUCUAAAAAUGGCAAUUAAAAAUAUAUAAAUUCUGAUUUAAAUCUAAAAAAAAGGAUACAAUAUAUUGAAUAUAAAUGACUAGGUUUCAAAUACAUUUAUACAUUUUACCCUUAAAGGUAUCAACAUUUUAUAACGCCAACCGAUUUUAAUGCACAAAACUAUUGUCUGCCUUUUACGUGCAUCUAGCACGUAUUUAAUCUUUUCUACAGUCUAUUCAAAAUUCUACCGAUGUCUUAAAUAUCUGUAAAAAGAAAAUCUGAGGCAGAAACUUGAUUUGGUUGUAUUGGAGGCACGCCUGGCCGCCCCCGAGAGCGAAUCAAAUGGAUCGUUCCCGAACGGUUCGCUGUCCUUGCUCAAACUUUAUUCGUCUCUUUGUUCCUUAUUCGAUGAUUGUCCUGAGCCCAUCAUUCACCGGACUUUCUUUUUUUUGCACGCAUAAAUAACUGGCAGGUUCGACUAGAAAAUUGAAAUGCAAAAACAGGAGUAACGGAACGGAUAUUUUCUUCGCGUCUUUCAGUAUUUUUAGUUAUCAAGAGUUUCAAGUUUCAAUGCAUGCGAACAGUUCGAUUUUAUUCAGAAAAAUAUUCUUUGAUUUUAGUAAAUUAAUUAAUUUUUUGAACUGGGUAGUAUCUAUUUCGUCUCAAUUGAAAACUGUACUACUUAGAAAAUAUUUAUUAUCCAGUCCUGACUGAAUUUAGUAAAUACAAAAUAUAUCGAGGACAUAAAUUGGAAAAGUAUUCUUGAAAUCUAUUUUCGAGUAGCGAUCAAAAUAAUAAAAUACUAUUGAGACAUACCUCUUUCACACCAAUGCGUGCUAAAAAUUUAACUUUUUAACUAAAUCUCGAGUCAACUUGACGAUUCCGUCCAAUAUAUUUUUAUAAGAGAACGGGUGCAUGCAUUUUAAUGAGCUUUCUUCCACUUGCUAGAUACUGGCAAAUAAAUAUGAAACAAAUACUACAAUGUUUAUUAGUUACCGGAAAUGAUAAAUGAUGAAGCAGCCGAUCUUAAAAAUUUACAUUCGAAUGUAAGUCUGUAUGUUGUCGCGAGAUAUAAUUUUUCGUUACUUCACAAUCAUGUGCGAAGUCAGAUCUUUUCUGUCUACGCUUUUGUUAUUAAGUUUUUCAUCCCGAGACUGAUCGCAAGUAAUUCUUUUUAGAAAAUUUGUUGAACUCUUCCGCGAAGCGUGAGUUUGUACUUUUUACUACUUUUUCGCUUGUUGUCCUUAAAGCUCUUAGUUGUGUUUUACAUACUUUUUACCCCAGUGAAAGCGAACUGAAUUCAUUUUACGGUGUCUUACUUACAAGACAAUGUAGCGAUAGAUAUUUAUUUGCAAUCAAUAAAAUGGUUUUCGCAAUCUUCCAUCGUGUUCUCGAUUUGAAACACGGAAUUUUUAGCCACUAUUUGAAAUAAAUAAAUAAUAAAUUAAAAAUAAGGACUAGAGUUUGGAUCAAAUCGUGGUUGCGCAAAUGGUUUUAUAGUCCGUGGUCGAGCGAGGUCUCGUGCAAAUUUAAUGAAUUGGUAUGAACGUCGAAGGUACUAACGAGUCUUUGGUAACGACCAAUCGAGCUUGGUGAUUAUAAACAGUCUAAUCUUUAACUUCCACAAUUUAUUCUACUUGCAUGUAUGAUAAACGUGUAUAAUAAGUGAACAUUUUAUUUUUCGACGAUUGUACGAGUUUCAAGUUUACCUCCGAAGCGACGAUCGUCUAGGCACUAAAAUUCGCAUUGUAAAAAGUAAUAAUAAUGUUAACUGUCGAUAUUUUAA